GUCUGCACGCUGAUGGCAGGAGAACUUGGGCCGGCGGAGACCGCGGCCUUCGCCUUGGUCAUGAACUUGCUGAUUGUGGGCUUCCUCUACUCGGUGGCCAUGGGCGACGCCGUUGGGAUCCGCAUGUCCAGACGCCUAGGAGAAGGCAAGCCGAAGGAGGCAGCCUUUGUAGCUCGCAUUGGUUUGCUUGCUUCCCUCGCAGGCAACGUGGUGAUUGCGACGCUGUUUCUUUGCGCCGGGAGCGCCAUUGUAAACGUGGCAUCGCCAGAUCUCCAGGUGCAGCAGCUUAUGAUGAACCUUCGCUGGUGUGGUGCCACAACGAUUGCCCUGCUUGGGGUGGCGCUACCCCUCAUCGCUGUUCUCAAUAAGCAAGGACGUGCAAAGGUCCCAUCUGCCAUUCUCCCUGUUUGCUGCUGGAUUCUCGGCUUUCCAUGCAGCUACUUCCUCAGCCGCUCGGAAGGUGUCACAGGCAUUUGCGAGGGCCUGAUGAUCGGCUACGCACUCGCCACCAUUUGCCUGUUCUUUUUCUUCUUCCGUUCCAACUGGGAGAAGCUGACCCAAGAGGCGUCUGAGCGUUCCGAAGUCCAGGAGCAGGCCUCCUGA